GAUGGCGACUACUGUAAACGUUGUUGUGAAACAUGAAAUUUUCUUUUUUCUCCUCUGUUUUGUGUCAUUGUUUAUAUAUUCUUCAGGAAGAAGACACGAAUUAAAACUUCAAAAUGAAGCAAGGAAAUCGUUUGAGUUGAGUAAGUUUGGGUUUCUGAAGGACGGUUUUCUUCAAGUUGAAGUCAGUAAAAUGGUCUACAAUGAUGAAGAGACGUUUUUGAGAAACAAAGAUCUAUCUAAUAAUUUUGGUUUUUCAUUAGAGAAGACUGCAAGUGAUGGAAUAUCACCGUAUAUGGAGCAACAUGCAGAACAGUGUAUUUUGAGAAGUCAAAACAGUUUCACAAGUAGUAUAUCCGUGGCUGUCUUCAUCUUUGAUUUGAAUAAUGACAGUAUUGUGGUGCAUAGGUAUGGUCCAGACUUUGACAAACUCAAAAUAGGAGUUAUUCCCAGUGUUAAAGAUACAAAAAUAACACAGAGCCAGAACACGUCAAGUCAAACUAGCACUGAAGCACUGGCAACYAAAGAUUCACCUCCAAAGUCCACCCAAUCAACAAUGACAAAACCUCCUUCUGUGCAAACCACAAAACCAACUGUACAAGGAACCACUUUGUCUUUGACAACUACUARAUUWAMGACAAGCAGUGAAGCUAAUAAUAACAAGUCUUCAAGAGCAAGAAGAGAUGUUUCAUCAAAUCCUGAAAAAAUUCUAGUGAAAACCAGUUAUUUGCCACUGUACUCCAAGAAAAGAAAUAGAUCAAUUGAAUACUAUGGCAAUUUUACAGUCAAAAUCAAGGAUAAAAGUGAAGAGGGAUUGUACAAUUUGUAYUUCCACAAUUGUGCCAAUUAUCUCACAAAGACUCGUGUCACAGUUGAUAUYCAGGUCAAGAUAGUUGAGAAAAAUGUCAAUAAUUAUUUGUCAGCUGGAGAGGAACCGUUGCCAUUUUUAUUUGGAGUCAUGGCUGUGGUCUUCUUUUGUACAGCGUUCCUGUGGCUGUAUGUCUUGAGACAGAAUACGGAAAACACCUUCAAAGUGCAUUAYAUGAUGUUUGUACUGAUUAUUCUCAAAUCCAUGGACUUAGCUUUUGAUGCUAUCAACCUCUAUUAUAUCGGUAGUGAUGGAAAGCCUAAGGGAUCCUGGGCCAUAGUCUACUAUAUUACUCAUUUGUUAAAAGGUGCAUUGUUGUUUACCACCAUAGUAUUGAUUGGAACUGGAUACUUCUUYGUUAAGCAUGUCCUGUCCGACAGGGAUAAAAAGAUAUUUCUCAUGGUUAUUCCACUUCAGAUUCUAGCCAACACUGCACAGAUAGUUAUGGAAUCAACAGAAGAAGCUAAAGUUCAAUAUACAACUUGGAAAGAACUGUUUAUAUUAGUGGACUUGAUGUGCUGUGGUGCUAUUUUAUUCCCUGUAGUCUGGUCAAUAAGACACUUACAAGAAGCAUCUAAAACAGAUGGAAAAGCUGCCAUUAACUUGGUGAAGCUUAAACUUUUCAGACAUUUCUAUGUAAUGGUUGUCUGCUAUAUWUAUUUUACAAGGAUUAUAGUAUAUUUGAUAAAGAUUACAGUUCCAUUCCAAUAUAUGUGGUUUGAUGAGCUAUUCAACAACACAGCCACCUAUAUAUUCUUUGUAUUAACUGGUUAUAAUUUCCGUCCAUUCCCUGAUAACCCUUACUUACAUGUUGCUCAAGAAGAUUCUGAUGAAGAAAUUGAAAUGGAUGAAGUAGUAACGACUAGUGGAUUWACAGAUGGAGUAACACGGGUACAACCACUUAAAAAAGUUAAUAGAGACAAUGGACAAUCAUCAAAAAUGUCAGUUUGAAUACAACAGACUGAGAUAUAUUAAUAAUUCUAACCAAAAAUUAUACUGAGUCCUUCAAAUCUUCUUAUGGUUGAGAAGGAUAAAGCACUCAAUGCAUGUUCAAGACUGAUCAGCAUUUUGAACAGAUUUAUUUUAUUAUAUUAUUGAUUAUAAUGUUGAUAAAUACACUUUUGUCUUUUUUAUUAAGUUCGCAUUUUGCUAUGUUGUAGCUUGCAUUAGCAUUGCUAACAGGGGUUAGGCCAAAAAAGCAAGCUUUGUUAGUUGAAAAUUUUCAGAUCAACAAAUAUCRAUAAUUUUUAUUUUAAUUUGUUAGCCUGUGUACAUCCAUUACCAACCUCCCUCCCUCCCCUCCCCCAAUGGUGACAAUUGCUCCCACAUUUCCCAAUAGGGGGAGGGCUACAAAGGCUACAUGUUUGUUUGCAUUUUAGUGUUGGAUUUAUCUUAUAAUAGUUAUGUUUUUGUUCUAUAUUAAAUAUGUAUUAUUUCUCAGUGUGCUGAGAGAAAAACAGCUUGAAGCUCAUGUAAAUUUUUGCCCUUGUCCCAUAUGUUUUCUUGCAGUUAUUUCCUAUUUUUCUUUCAAUGAAAAGUAUCAACAUUGAGCAGCUCAGUGUGCCCACUUGGUGGCUAAUGACAUACAUGUAGAGUAGAGAUUAAAAGAAGCAUCCGAUGAAUGCAAAUUCAGUUUAAUUAUUAGUGUUGUUAUUAUAUUGUGUUCAAAAUGUGAGGCUUUAACACAUUCAAAUGAAAAUGAUAUUAAUGAUUAUUAUUAUAUUUGUAAAUAGUCAAUGAUAAUGGUGAUGUGCAAACUAUAGUUUAUGAUCUUUGAUAAUUUUGAAGCUUUCGCCAUGUAAUUCACACAAUAGUGGUAGAAAUUGUGGAAACUUUGAUAGUGUUGUUUUAUAGUAAGUUAAUAAAUAAAUGAAAUUGAAUUCA